AUGGUCGCCGAAAACAGCAACCAAGUUCCAGAUCACUGUUCCUACACCCGCACAUCGCCCAACAGACCAAACAAGUUUAUUUCCAUGAAGAGUUAUGCUACAUUAAUAGACCCUUCACAAUCGGUUGUGAAAGUUGUCCAGGUCACCGAUAAAAUCCUUCGAGAAACGCCCCGCCAGUGGAAUCUAAUGCAGAAGAAACCCUUCAAGAGCUCAAGCAACAAGUCUUGCAGGAGACCAAGCCGUCCACCUUCGUUGAGCUACAGCAGCACUCACGAGAAUGCCACAUCCUUGAUGAAAAUCUGCGCGAUGACCAUAUCACCACGCUCGUCCCCGGCAUUUCAGACCU